CGGGAGGCAACAGCGCUCCGGGCAGCGGCGGAGCUCCGGGCAGCGGCGGCCCUAAAGCGAAGAAAACCAACGCGGGAAUCCGGCGGCCGGAGAAACCGCCCUAUUCCUACAUCGCUCUCAUCGUCAUGGCCAUCCAGAGCUCGCCCUCCAAACGGCUGACCCUCAGCGAGAUCUAUCAGUUCUUACAGAGCCGCUUCCCUUUCUUCCGCGGUUCUUACCAGGGCUGGAAAAACUCCGUUCGCCACAACCUCUCGCUCAACGAGUGCUUCAUUAAGCUGCCCAAGGGGUUGGGCCGCCCGGGUAAGGGCCACUACUGGACCAUCGACCCGGCCAGCGAGUUCAUGUUCGAGGAGGGCUCGUUCCGCCGCCGGCCCCGCGGCUUCAGGAGGAAAUGCCAAGCGCUGAAGCCCAUGUACAGCAUGAUGAACGGGCUCAGCUUCAACCACCUCCCCGACAGCUACAGCUUCCAGGGCUCGGCCGGAGGGCUCUCCUGCCCUCCCAACAGCCUCUCCCUCGAAGGAGGUUUGGGCAUGAUGAACGGCCACUUAGCCGGCAACGUGGACGGGAUGGGCCUUGCGGGACACUCCGUGCCCCACCUGCCCUCCAACGGCGGGCACUCCUACAUGGGCAGCUGCAGCGGCUCCUCGGCGGGGGAUUACCCGCACCACGAGAGCUCCGUGCCCGCCUCCCCGCUGCUGCCCGGCGGAGGGGUGAUGGAACCGCACUCGGUUUAUUCCAGCUCGGCCUCUGCGUGGGCUCCCUCCGCCUCGGCCGCCUUAAACACGGGAGCUUCCUACAUCAAGCAGCAGCCGCUGUCGCCUUGCAACCCCGCGGCCAACCCGCUGUCCUCCAGCCUUUCCACGCAUUCCCUCGAUCAGCCCUACUUGCAUCAGAACAGCCACAACACCGCCGAGCUUCAAGGUGAGGCGCGGACGGGUGAGAGAGAACCCUGCGGGGAUGGAAGCGGGGGGGAAACCGCGGCCACCGGCCCCGGGGAUUGGUUUAACAGCAGCUCCCCCCGAGGGGAAGCAGCGGUCCUCUCACUCUUUACCGGAGGAUGCGGCGGUUCGCUCCGUCGGGUUUCGCACCGUCGUUGUUGCGGGGUUGGGAGCUGCCGCGUCCCGCGUGGAUGCGGGAAGGGGAGGCCGGGGACGGAUCCUGGGGGUUCAGAGCAAAUAGGAGGUGGCGGAACAACGAGGAAAGGGUAUCGAUAG